AUGGAUACUUAUAACUCAAAUAAUCGGAUACGAUCUGACGACUAUCUUUUUGUGGCUGCUCUGGAUUUUGUGACGACGUAUUCAGGGUAUGCCUUUAGCUCUAGAUCUGAAUACAGGGAAAGUCCCCUUAAGAUCCACGCCAAUCAGGCCUGGAAUGCUGGAGGGAGUUCCUUGGCAUCUAUGAAGACUCCCACCUCUCUUCUUCUGGACUCUGAAGGCGAAUUUGUUUCUUUUGGUUACGAAGCAGAAAACAAACAUGGUAGUUUGGUGAUGGAAGGAGACAGCGACAAUUAUUUGUUCUUCUCUAGAUUUAAAAUGAAACUCCACAACCGAGAUCUCUUAAAAGAAGAUACCCCAAUUCCUGAUAUUUCCGGUAAACCAUGGCCAGCAAAAGAUGUGUUCACAAAAUCCAUUAAAGCUUUAAAGGACCAUCUGAUGGACCGACUAUCAUUGCAGGGGAUUGAUAUUACAACACGUGAAAUUCGAUGGGUGCUAACGGUCCCUGCUAUAUGGAGCGACUCUGCAAAGAAAUUCAUGCGUAAAUGCGCAGAACUUGCUGGGAUACCUGGUGAACUGUUGUCUAUUGCUCUGGAGCCAGAGGCAGCAUCUAUAUACUGCCAACAUCUUCCAGACCAUAGAAGCUCCGGACAUUUGUCCGAAAGAGGGACCAAAUAUAUGAUAAUAGAUAUAGGAGUGCAAGGAACUAAUUCUGUUACAGAAAUAGGCAUCAGCAUAAACAAAAUAAGCAUCAGCAUUUAA